GGCAUGGACCGGCGGCCCGGGGCGCGGGGGCGCUAGGGCCCCAGAGGGGCGCCCCCCGUCUCGCCACCGCUGCUGCCGCCGGGCCGCCCUCCGCAGCAGCGCGCCCUGCCCGCUCCAGCCGCCCCCGGGGCCGCCGCCGGCCCAUGAGCCCCGACCUCAAAGUUUGCGGCGGGCGGGCGGGCGCGGAGCCUCCAAGAUGCCGUUCCACCCGGUGACGGCGGCGUUGAUGUACCGGGGCAUCUACACCGUGCCCAACCUGCUGUCGGAGCAGCGCCCCGUGGACAUCCCUGAGGACGAACUGGAGGAGAUCCGUGAGGCCUUCAAAGUCUUUGACCGCGAUGGCAAUGGCUUCAUUUCCAAGCAGGAGCUGGGUGCGGCCAUGCGCUCCCUGGGCUACAUGCCCAAUGAGGUGGAGCUAGAAGUUAUCAUCCAGCGGCUGGACAUGGAUGGCGAUGGCCAAGUGGACUUUGAGGAGUUUGUGACCCUCCUGGGACCCAAGCUUUCCACCUCGGGGAUCCCAGAGAAGUUCCACGGCACUGACUUUGACACUGUCUUCUGGAAGUGUGACAUGCAGAAGCUGACUGUGGACGAGCUGAAGCGGCUGCUGUAUGACACCUUCUGUGAGCACCUGUCCAUGAAGGACAUCGAGAACAUCAUCAUGACGGAGGAGGAAAGCCACCUGGGCACCGCCGAGGAGUGCCCCGUGGAUGUGGAGACCUGCUCCAACCAGCAGAUCCGCCAGACGUGCGUGCGCAAGAGCCUGAUCUGCGCCUUCGCCAUCGCCUUCAUCAUCAGCGUCAUGCUCAUCGCAGCCAACCAGGUGCUGCGCAGCGGCAUGAAGUAGGCACACACGGUGCGUGGGGCCGUCUCCACGUCCCCCACCACCCGCAGUCCUCUCCCACACUCGGCUCCCGGGGCCACUGCCGCGUGUCCUUCGAUGCCAGGACGUCUGGCAACCCCACCCUACCUGCCCCUGCGGGCCCUUGCAUGGGGCCGAGGCCCGGCUGCGGAGGGCCUGACGGGGGCUCUGAGGACAGCCCCCGGCCCCGCCUGCACCCUGCCCACCCUGGCCUGUAUGUAGCACUAACUCUUCCCUCCCACUGUCCAGAGGCUCCUGGGAAAUUUAGGAAGCAUUUGUACAGGGUCCAGUAGCGGAUGUGGUCACUUAGGCGGGAAGGAGGCACCCUGUGCCCAGGGCCACACAGCCAACCUGACCCUGGUCCCUGAGAUUUGCCCAGGGCUGUGUGCAGGGUGGAGAUGGGGGCAGGAGGCUUCCUCCUGGAGAGGGGGUGAGGCUGGGGUCUCCCGGGCGCUAUUCGCUGGCCAAGCCUGAGGAGGCCCCUGGCCCUCUGUGGGUCCCUUUCUCUGACCCUCCUUAGACUCAAGCCCAGCCUUCCUCUAUGCACCCACUGGGGCCGGAGAAUUUGCCCAUUUCACAGUUGAGGAGCCUGAGGCUCAGAGGGCCUCUGGAUUCAGUACCCCCUUCAACAGGGAUUUUUAGGAAGGGCAAAAGCUCACAGCAGAUGGGGCAUCUGAGGUGGCCCUGCAGUCUCUGUGCCCUUUAAGCCCCCCGGUCGAGGACCGCACUGGCCACCACCCAGCACAGAAUCUAGAACUGGAGUGCAGUGAGGAGGGAAGCAGACCAGGGGCCUGGAGCCUCCACAUCGCCUGAACAGCCUGUGUGAUCUCCCCAUCAGUCCGGGGGGCUCCUCCCGGGCACAAGCCUUGGGAGGGGCCCUGUGUCAUGCUGGGCCGAGGGGCUGGUGUAGCCCCGCACUGCCGGUGCCAGGAAGCUCAGUCAGGCCGCUCCCCCAAGUCCAGGGCCUGUCUUCCCGGGGCCCCCAACUUCCCUAUACUGUCCAGGCCAGAGACACAGCUCCCACCGUGCCCCCGUUGUGCCAUCUCUCGUUCGGGCACCAGCUCGGCUUGGGCAGAUGCGGGGACUGGGACAGCAGACUGAGUCCUCGAGCUCCUCUCCCAGGUCUGGAGCCCCCUUUCAUCGGGGUGACCAUCCCAGCCACACUGGUGCACCCUCUGCCCAGCCGUGCUGAGCCUCUGCCGGCCCUACUGGGAGAAGGGCAACAGCACUCCUCACCCAGCAGAGGGCCUCAUCUCAACGCCAGUCCCGCCCGUCCUCUGACCAGGGGCGGAGGCGUGAAGCUGAGGGCGCCGGGCGAGCAGGAAGCCAGACCAUCACGGUGACAGACUUUCUUUAUGAACAUCCAGAAGGAAGUUUUCUCACCCGUCUUCUCAGGAUGUCCCAUGAGAGUGGGAGGGAGGAGCUGCCUAGAGUAGAGCUCAGAUCGGGGCUGUACCUGGUAGGGCGACUCUGGGGCCUCUGUCCAGCCAGUCUGAGCCGAUGGCUUCAGAAGCUCUACGGGAGGCAGCAGGCGAGGGCCUCAGCAUCCCCAGUAGGAGCCCUUAUCUUUAUUGUGACUGACACGAAGGCUGCCCAGAUGGGGGUCAGGUGGGGAUGAGGGGCUCAGCCCCACUGGACACUGGGCUGCAGGGGCCACCCCCCGGGUGGGGGUGCCCGCAGGGAUGGAGGCAGCUCCUGGACUGGUGGCCAGCCUAUGGGGUACUGGAAGAUGGUGGUUCUCAUGGGUUCAGCCCUGGAGAGAAGGAGAAAGAGAAUUAGAAUGGGGCCCAGCACAGGCCCAGGCUGGGGCACCUCCCCCCCAGCUCCCCCUCUCCCCACCGCCCCAGCUACGGGAAAGGUCAGCUGCUCGCAUGACCUUUCUGGAAGGCAGAGCCUCAAAAACAUGCAGACCCUUUGAGCCAGCAACCUCACCUCUAGGAAGGAGCCCAAGUGAAAUAGCAGGGUUGUGGGCAGAGACUGAGCUACAAGAAGCAGAAAUAACCUGUGUCCACCUGUGGGGGGCUGAUUAAAUACAUAUGCACGUCCACAGCAGAGAAUGCUAUGCAGCCUGCAUAAAAGUAAAGGCAGACUUGUAUGCACUGAUAAGGAAAGGUGUCAUGAUGUACUGUGUGAGUAGAGAGAAAAAGCAGCUUAUAAAAUAAUGUAUAUAGCAUGAUACUAUUUUUGUUUAAAGAUAUAUAACAUAUAUAAAUGCAUAAAAAAAAACCCUGGAAGACACAGCAAAA